AUGCCUAACACAGACGAGAUCUAUGCGCUCCCUCGCGCAGCCCGAGCCAAGGGGAUUGUGCAACUCCUUCUGGAAAUUCCCCUUCCUGCCGAGAGCCGGCAAGCCGAGGAUCUCACCCCAGCCGGGCGGCUGGGAAGCCGCAUCCCGCAGGUAGAGGGUGCUGCGAUACUGCGAGUUAGAGGUCUCUUCCCCAGCCUCGGCAGACACACAGAAGCACAGGCAAUGUUAAUCAAUCACACUGUUUUUUUGUCCCAGACCAUAACUCCAAAGUCCAAUUCCUGAAAGUUUUCAGAAAGGAAGAUCUGCUUUUUCCAGAUGUGGUACCUUAUCUUCUUCUGUCUCCCUGUCUGGGCUGAUGAAGCCUCCAUGUAUGGUGAGAUCUUGUCACCCAAUUAUCCUCAGGUGUAUCCCAAUGAUGUGCAGGAAUCUUGGGAAAUCCAGGUCCCUUCGGGAUAUGGCAUUCGCCUUUAUUUCACACAUAUGGAUCUUGAACCAUCACAGAACUGCGAAUAUGACUUUGUGAAGAUCCUGUCUGGUGGCCAUGUUGAAGGUGUGCUUUGUGGGCAGAAAAAACCUCGUGCCCCUGGCUCCUCGAUUGUGGAGGAAUUUCAUGUCCCUUAUAACACCCUCACUGUGAGCUUCCAAUCAGACUUUUCCAAUGAGGAGCGUUUCACCGGUUUUGUGGCCUACUAUGUUGCUGUGGACUUGGAUGAGUGCAUGGAUUUUGUGGAGGAACCUUGCAGUCAUUAUUGUAAUAAUUAUAUUGGAGGUUACUUCUGUACCUGUCCACCAGAUUAUUUCCUCUAUGAGGAUAAGAAGACAUGUGGAGUGAACUGCAGUGGAAAUGUCUUCACUGACCUAUCGGGGGAGAUUGCCAGCCCCAACUAUCCCAACCAGUACCCAGAGAACUCACGGUGUGAGUACCGAGUGGCUCUGAGGCCAGGCUACUUUGUGGCGUUGACCAUACGUAGCGGGGACUUCGAUGUGGAACCAGCUGACCCAAAAGGGAGUUGCCACGACAGCUUAACAUUUGUCUCUGGAAAGCAGCAUUUUGGUCCGUAUUGUGGAAACAAAUUCCCAGGUCCUCCUGAAAUCAAAACUAGGAACAACAUUCUUGACAUAAUCUUCCAGACAGACCACGCAGUACAGCACAAAGGCUGGAAAAUACGCUACUAUGGGGAUCCUGUAACCUGUCCCCUGAGUGUCAUCCCCAACUCUGUUCUUGCCCCAAAGAAGGACAGGUAUAUCUUCAAGGACAAUGUGAAGGUCACCUGUGUGGAAGGCUAUGAAAUUGUGAGGCAACGAGACAGCAUCCUGACUUUUCACUCCAGUUGUCAGGACAAUGGUGUGUGGAGCAACUCCCAUUUCAGCUGUGUUCCUGUGAACUGUGGCGAUCCCAUUCCUAUUGACAAUGCCCAAGCUGUAUAUGUCUCCGAACUUCACGAGCCUCUGUACAAAGCUGCUUUCCAGUAUCGGUGUGAUGCACCUUACUAUACCCUAAAAACCAAAGGGGAUGCGGUGUAUCAGUGCUCAGCUAGUGGAGAAUGGGUCAACAAAGAGAUGGGAACAAAGCUACCAAUAUGCGUCCCAGUCUGUGGGGUGCCUAGUAAACCUGUCCAAGAGAAAGCAAAGAUUUUUGGAGGCACCCUUGCAGAAAAGGGCAACUUCCCCUGGCAGGUGUAUUUUGAAUACCCAAGAGGAGGUGGUGUACUCAUCUCUGAAAGAUGGGUAAUGACUGCAGCUCAUGUGCUAGAGGGAUAUGACAAGCCUAACAUGUUUGUUGGGACAAUCAAUGUUGGUAGAGAAUCUCUGUAUCGUGAGGCCAAGCAGCUGAUCCCAGAGGCUUCAUUCAUCCAUCCUGAUUGGAAGCAGCAGCCCAUAGAAACCAGGACCGAUUUUGAUAAUGAUAUUGCGCUACUGAAGCUGAGGGAUCCUGUGAAGAUGGGCCCAAACAUCUCCCCGCUCUGUCUUCCUGGUAAAUCACCCGAGUACGAGCUGCAAGAAGGGACUCUGGGCUACAUUGCUGGCUGGGGCCAGAGAGAGAGAGGAAGACUGCCUAUUUAUCUUUGGAAGGCCCAGAUUCCCGUGGUGGACAUGGAUAAGUGCCGAUCUGUGAAACCAGAGGGCUCUGCUGAUUCCAGUGCUUACAGUUUCACUGACAAUAUGAUCUGUGCUGGUGGUGACAAGGACAGCUGUAAGGGGGAUAGUGGUGGAGCCUACGCUAUCCAAGAUCCUCUUGAUGACAGACGGUACUAUGUGGCUGGGCUGAUCUCCUGGGGACCCAGAUGUGGUACCUUUGGUCUUUACACCAAGGUAGUGCGUUAUUUGGACUGGAUUACAGAGACCAUGAGCAAGCAUGAGGAUGCAGAAGCUUGGCAGGAUUAG